GCAUUCAAGGAAGGAAAUCAUAGGAGGAAACUUCCUACAAGCUACAUCAAAACCAGAUUAACAUACAUUAUUAUGUAGUGUAUUGUGCCAAACCAGUGAAUUAUUAUUAUGUAUUGCUAGGACGCUAAAGACCAGUCUUAUCCAACUUAAUGCCCUCCAGACAUAGUGAGGUUCAUGAUACAUAAUCCAUAUUAGUAAGAAUUACAAGAGCAGCAGUCUCAACACAUCUAAACGACUUCUUCACCUUGAGAAAGGAGGGAGGAAUUUCCAAAUUUCACUGCAACGGGAACAUCCCAGUUGCUGAUGAUCUUUCUUGAUUUAGGAAAAGAGCGGCUUUGCAAAGGACAGCUUGGGGUCCAUUGUUGUUAUUGUUCUUCAGCCAUUCAGUCGCUUCUGAUUCUUUGUGACAGACGGGCAUCAUUUCGUUAGAACUGUCUGUCAGUAAAGUCCUCUUUCAGUUCUUGCAAGCUCCUGCUUAGAACAUGAGAGUAUCCAGACAUCUGUUGGUCUUUUUUUUUUUAAUCACAAGUGAUAUUUUUUUCCCCCAUAGACGCGGCUCUUCUCUUUACUUUCUCUCUCCUUUUCUGCCACCGUCGCCGCGAUCCCGCCUGGCUCCGAUCGCAAUCCAUUUCUGCCCAAGCCGCUGGCCUCGUCCCGGGGAGGCGCGGCAAACGGGACGGCUGAGUCUCCUCGGCUGUCAACAGAGGCGUUCUAGGACCCAGCAGGCAUCCGGGCAGGAGCGGAGGCUCCGCUCCCCUCCUCCGCUCGCCUAUCUCUAUUGUCUGAGUAGCCUGGCUGCGGCAGCAGCAACAUCUACAGCUUCAGCAACUAUCGGGACGGACUGCGUUGAGCGACCGGGGCAGCGAGGGGAGGACGCGCACCGACCGGCGCUUACCCGAAGCCGAGUUCUGCAACCGCGCCGGACAGCCAGGUCCGGCGGGGAUGGACCUGCGUCCGGCAGCAGCGCGAGUGGGCAUCUGAGCGGAGGGAGAGAGGCGGGUCGGGUCCGACAGAAUGGGCUCCAGCCGCGCCACCCCCGGGCUCCGGCUGGUCUUCGCGAUUCUUUUCCUGCGCGCUCCCAGAGCGGAUUGUGAAUCUGAUCCUCCUGACUCGGUGUAUUUGCCAGCUGAAUUAAAAGUACUCAAUGGCUCAGAAUAUUUCCGUCUUCAGCGUACUGACCGUUACUCACCAGGAAAUGCUUCCUUCAGCUCUCGCUCAGAGACAUUCCUCUUCCUUCAUCGUCGACUUGCAGGAAAACCCAGUAUCCAGGCUACCUACCUUCCUUUCACUACCCAGCAGGAAUUUCCAACAGAUAAUUCCCAGUUCACAGGUUUCUCUACUACCUGGGACAUCCGUGCUGUAUCCAUUGAAGGCACAGUAUCUCCUUAUGAGCCCUACGCUCGUGUUCUUUUUCACCUCCAAGGGCAGGAUUGGAUGUCAAAACGACACCCCCUGCCUUGCGUCAGCCUGCAUGUCUUCCAUCAGGCCCAGGCUGUGCAUCGGGCCUGCCACCUUCAGGCUCCCCUGGGCAUGUGUGUGGUGGAACUAGAACUUCCCCCUCGCUGGUUCUCUCCUCCACUUGGCACUCUUCAUCGCAGAUCAGAGGAUUCAGUCACCCCAACUCUAAGAGCAGAGUUGUACUAUAGGUUGGAGGCCACUCUACCCGGGAAAGUACACAGAGAGUGUCCCCAUGUGCAAACCCAGCAGAGGCCGCAUCCGGGUACAGAAAGCCCCAAAGAGCAGCUGCACUAUGUGGGCCCUGUGGAUAUCAGAGUGAUGAGCCCUCCACGGCGGCAGGAAGUGCGGUUGGAUGACAAUGUGAUGGUCCGAGUACCUGACACAGCCCUGCGCCCAGGACAGCUUUUCACUGCCACUCUUAUUCUGCAACAGAACUUCACAGCUGAUCUGCUGACUCUCCGAAUCAAGGUAAAAAAAGGGUUACAGGUUCUGGCUGCUCGCCCCACCAGACCAGAGGCUUGGACGGCAAAGCUGGACAAGUUCAAGAGUGCCAAACACCACACGGCUUUGAUCACUUGUCGUCGUUCUUCUGGCAGUGGGUUGGACUGGAAGGUAGCAGAUUCUCCAGAGUUCCUAUAUUUGGAUUUUCUUGUGGAGAAUGGUACAGGUGCUCUGGCCGCUACACGCCCUGUUACCUGGCAAGUGGAGUACCCUGGCCAGGAUCCUGAGGCUGAGAAGGACAAGAUGGUGUGGGAGAUCCAAGUAUCAGAGAGAGAUGUGCGGGCCUUGGUUCCAUUAGUAAAGGAGCAGGAAAUUGUGAACACUGCACUCCUCACAGGAAUCCCCCAGUCUGUGCCCGUGAGGCUGGUUGUGGUUGAAACAGGAGGAGAUGUAUCGGAAGUAACACAGCAGAUGGGAUGUGAAUCCUCUAAUAAGCAAGUCCUUCAGGUAUCAGAUGUAUGUGAUGCUGUCUAUGUAGGAGGAAAAGAGAGCCGAGGGGCACGGGGUGUACGGGUGGAUUUCUGGCACCGUCGUCUGCAUGCAUCAUUACUCUUUACUGUCUGGGCUCCACUUCUACCUUUGCGUAUUGAGCUAACUGAUACCUCUUUGGAGCAAAUACGAGGCUGGAGGGUGUCUGGCCCAGUGUCUGAGAGUCCAGCAGAACCAGAAGAGGGUGGAGAAGAAGCUGAGAGGAGAGCACGUGGCUGUCGGCUCCAAUACCAGCGUGCAGGGGUCCGUUUCCUUACCCAUUUUGUGGCUCACCCUCUAGAGGGUGGACGUCACCUGACCUAUAUGCCAAACUCUGAUUGGCUGCUGGAUGUUUCGCAUCUGGUGCAGAAGCAUGCUAGAAUCCAAGACCCUCGAAUAGCAACACUGGAAAGUGGGAAAGUGGUGGUUGGCCGUGAAAUAGGAAUAACCUCUGUGGAGGUGCGUUCUCCUGUUUCCGAUUCUAUCCUGGGGGAACAGACUCUGGUGGUGUCAGAAGAGAAAGUCUCAGUUUCAGAGCUGCAGGCCCAGCUGGUAUCAGGUCUAUCAUUGACAGUGUUUCCAGAACCAGGACAUCCAAAUGUUUUCACUGCAAUGUGCCAGGGUCUUUCUGCUCUGCAUUCCCUGAAACAGGAAGCAGUUCUGAGCAUCUGGUUGGUAUUCAGUGAUCACACCUUGGUUCCAGUAGAGCUUUAUGGCCGGCGGGAUGCAUCUGUCUUGUUUUCUUCCUUGAAUCCUGAUGUAGUAUCAGUGCGGCUGGAAGAGGAACAUGCUUACCCAGUGAUCAUUGCUGAAGGCCCAGGCCAGGGGUCCCUCCUGCAGCUCAGCCUACAUUCCCCAGACUCUUGCCGCAAGGGGAAACAUAAGGCUCCCCUUUCCCAGGGGACAGCAUGGCUGGAAGUGAACUUUGGCUGGCACCUCCUGACCACUAAGAGCCCACAGCAAGAAGAUCUCCAUCUACAUGGUAAGGCCCCCUUUCGGCGAACAGAAGGUGCCAUGUCAGGUGAAGCAGUGACCGUUGCAGCUAUCACAGAGAAUGGCAGAGGUUCAAGAAGGCGUGGCCCAGUAGCACGAGAGCCGCCGAUGACCAAAUUUGAGGGAGCUGGGGUUAGCUCCUAUGAGGAUAUUGAACAAGUGGAAGAAGUGGAGGAAGAUGAGAUGGUGAAGGCACCUGCAAGGGUGACAGAUCUAGAGAUUGGAAUGUAUGUCCUCCUGGGAGUUUUCUGUCUGGCCAUCUUUAUCUUCCUCGUCAACUGUGUGGUCUUUGUCCUUCGUUACCAGCGCAAGGAACCUCCUGAUGCUGGAUCAGGUCCAGCCUCUUCUGCCCAGCAGCCUCACAAUUGGGUCUGGCUAGGCACUGAUCAGGAGGAUCUUAGUCGGCAGCUGGAUCUGUGCAAGCAACACUGCAAAGACCAGCCUCGGGGCCCUUCUAGUACCAACGAGGGGUACUCUUGCUGUGCAGGGCCAGAAGGAACUUUGGAAGCUUUGGCCUCAGAGGCCCCAGCUCCAUUACCAGAGCCAGAAACAGGGGUCUCUGCUAAUAAUUUGGGCCUGACUGCAUCAGGGAACCCAGCACUGACCAGCACCUUGUCCAGGAAGAAAGAGGGCAGGGAUGUGGGUGGCCGGCGGAAACGUGUAGAAUUUGUGACCUUUGCUUCACCAUCUAUCUCUGCUCCAAGCCCCCCUGUUUCUGGACCAGUAGUUCAGUCCAUCCUGGUAGCCAGCGAAGACGACAUUCGUUGGGUGUGUGAGGACAUGGGGCUGCAUGAUCCAGAUGAGCUGCGCAGCUACAUGGAAAGGAUUCGAGGUAGCUCCUGAUCUGCCCUAGCCCAUUCGUAUGGGCAAACCAAUAAGAUGGUCAUCCCCUUAGAUGCUCUCCUAGGAUCAGUCAGCUGAACUCUCUACCUGCUUCUUUUUAAAUAAGGGCUCUCCACAAUAGUACACCAGCCUUGGACUAGUUUGUGAGGAGAAAAUGAGCCAGAGAUAUUUCUGCUGCUCUCUGUGUUUGAGUCCCACUUCCUUGGCUGUGUUAUCCUUUUCAUUCUGGUUAGAGGCAUUCUCUCCACCUAUUAUUCUCUCAGGAGAACUAGCACAUUCCUCCUGGGAAGAGAGCCCAUGUGUGCUCAUUGCUUCUCCCUCUACCCCCUAAAAAAACUUUUAGUAGGUGUGGAUGAGGAGUUUGCAGACUGGAAAGUAGCUGAGAGGUAGGCUGGCUGCAAUGUACUGUGGAGGUGAUCUAGGGGGCUGAUCCAAGAUCUCACAUAUUACGUUGACCCUCAUUGCCAGUGUGUGUCCAUUGUGAUGAUAUGAACAACGAGUGUCUUUCUGUCCUUCCUGUGGUCUGAGCCUGGGGCUCUGCCCCUCCCCCCUCCCCCCUGACCCCUCCCCUAAAGCUGGGCAAGGACAGAGCUCCAGGGAGCACUGGCUGGGCCUUUUCCACCCUGGUUGUGUGCCUGGUGUCCUUAAGAGUUUUUGUACAAUCGCUCAUAUUUUAUACCGUACUAUUGGGAGGCUGCCAGGCAAGUCCUUUAUUUAUGGAAGAUUUUUAAUUCUUACAUUGUUAAAAAAAAAAGUAAAAUAAAUAAUAACUAAAAAUGAAA